AUGUCUCUCCCAAGGGACAGUACUGGUCGUUAUUCGACCUCGGCAUCAAGCUCAUCGUCGCCACUAGUGCCAGUACCCAUCCGAGUGCCAUCGAGCUCAAAUAUCAACAUUAGUGGGUCCAACUCUGAAAAGGGAGCAAUCGCCAUACCACGAUCUCGUAUCGACGGAAGCUUGCUAUCCCACUAUAGAACACAGCAACGAACCUUCGAUAGUCUACCGCCAUCAUUCCAGUCCCAAACUUCCUUCUCAUCGGAAAACUUGGAUGAUGAUCAGGAUGUGUCGUAUGCUCCUUCAUACUCGAGCGAUGUCGCUCCACCACCGUCAUAUCGAUCUGUUGGUCUGGCUCCAAUGCAAAUGGCUGCUGCCAUCGCAUUGAAUAAUAAACGGUUGGUAUUGUCUACUGAAGUCAGGAAGGAACUCAGGUUUUAUCUCAACGGGACAUUGACUAUACAACCCAAUCCAAAUCCUGAUGAAAAGCUGAUCGAGUACGUCAGACGCAUGGGAUUUACUGGAACCAAGUUGGGCUGUGCUGAAGGUGGCUGCGGCUCAUGUACAGUAGUCGUAUCUGCAUUCGAUCAUGCGACACGUUCAGUCAAUACUUAUGCAGUAAAUUCCUGCUUGACUCCCGCAGUAGCUAUGGAAGGAAAGCAUGUUGUGACUGUAGAAGGACUUGGAACUUCAAAACAACCACAUCCAGUACAAGAACGCAUUGCCACCUCACAUGGGUCACAAUGUGGUUUCUGUACUCCAGGAUUCGUCAUGUCUUUAUAUUCAACACUUCAAAACAACCCAAAUCCAUCAGACGAGGACAUAGAACAUAGCUUCGAUGGUAACUUGUGCCGAUGCACAGGUUAUCGUCCUAUAUUAGAUGCCGCUAAAACCUUCUCCACUCGUAAAUCGUGCUCCAGCUCGUGUGCUGUAGACGGUCAAUGUCCACGAGGUGAUGAUGCUGAAUGCCCAGAUCAUGACCAUGAACCUGCAGACAUUGAAGAUCAUAUGACUUCAUCGUCUGCAUCAUCACUUGCAUCUGUCUCCUCUGGAGAAAUCCCAUUCCCACCAUUAUUAGCACAAACAUAUGCAGCAGAUCCUCAUCCACAAUCAUUCAUGUUUGAUAACGGCAAACUACAGUGGUACCAUCCAUCUAGCUUGAACGAAAUGCUGGCCGUAAUGGACGAAUUCCCAAACGCCAAAAUCGUAAAUGGUAAUACUGAAAUAGGAAUUGAGACUCGCUUCAAGAACUUGCAAUAUCCAGUCAUGGUGUAUCCUGCUGAUAUCUCGGAAUUGAAGCAAGUAACAGAAACGGAUAGGGGUGUAGCAUUCGGAGGAUGCAUGACCUUGGCUACUCUCAACAAGCACCUGAAAUCGUUAAUAUCACGUUUGCCAGCUGAAAAGUCAAAAGCCUUCAAGGCUAUGUAUGAUAACUUGAAAUUUUUUGCUGGUACUCAGAUUCGUAAUGUUGCUGCUUUAGCUGGAAAUAUCGUCACCGCAUCACCAAUAUCUGAUCUCAACCCUGUAUUGGUGGCUGUUGGUGCUGUAUUGCGUGUAAAGAGUUUGAAGGAAGGGUUACGAGAAAUUCCAAUGACGGAAUUCUUCCUUAGCUACCGUAAAACUGCCAUGAAACCUGGUGAAGUCGUCGUAGCAGUAUUCGUACCAUUUAGCACCGCCACGGAUUAUAUUCGAGCAUAUAAACAAGCCAAACGAAAGGAUGAUGAUAUUGCAAUCGUUACGGCUUGUUUACGUGCUACUGUGUCCCGCACCUCACGAGACUCCCGAUAUAUAAUAUCAAAACCUCUCUUCGUAUAUGGUGGUGUGGGCCCAAUAACCUCAGUUGCAGCAAACACAGCCGCUUUUGCGAAUGGAGCAGAGUGGUCUGAAGCAACCAUAAAAGAACUAGUAAAACGCGCUGAAGCGGAAUUCAAUCUUCCUGAUAAUGCACCUGGUGGUAUGGUUGACUACCGAAAGUCAUUAUGUGCUGGCUUCAUGAAGAAGUGGUGCCUUCACAUAAAUCGAGAGCUUGAAAAGACUGCUGGUCUGCAUAUAUUGGAUGCUCGUGAAGCAAGUGCCAUUGAAGAUACCCAUCGUCCAGCUUCUACCGGCAAACAAGAAUAUGAGGAACCUCCAGAAAACGAAAUUAUUGGGGCCUCCACUAUGCAUUUAUCUGCUCUCAAACAAGUUGUUGGUGAAGCAGUAUAUAUUGACGAUAUGCCAUUCUUUGCCAACGAGUGCUAUGGUGCUGUAGUUUGCUCGACACAAGCACAUGCCACCAUAGAACACGUCGAUGUAGCAGCAGCACUCGAAUGCGAGGGCGUUCGUGGAUACAUCGAUGCCAAUGAUAUACCAGGCUAUUCCGACGAGAUGUAUGACUCCCAUCCUCCAGACUCGACCAAAUUCCAUUCACACAAUCCAAAUGUUAUUGGUCCUGUCUUCAAAGAUGAGGAACUAUUCGCUACUCGCAAAGUAUUGCAUGUUGGACAAUUGAUUGGUCUGAUUUGUGCCGACACAGAAUCACAAGCUCGUCAAGCAGCUCGUCUUGUAAAGAUAACAUAUAGGCCUUUACCAGCAAUCAUCACCAUCGAGCAAGCCAUGGAAGCCAAAUCCUUCUUCCCACAUCCAAAAGGUCUGAAAUUAGGUGCUUAUGCUAGUGAAAACGAUGUGAUAAUCCCACUAUCAGCAGCCACUCGUCAUGUUGAAGGAACAGUCCGUAUUGCAGCACAAGAGCACUUUUAUCUUGAAACACAAGCUUCACUUGUCGUUCCUGGACGGGAAGACGGUGAAAUGGAAGUGUUUGCAUCUACUCAAAAUCCAUCUGAAACCCAACAUAUCGUAGCUCAUGUGAUGGGUGUUCAAUCCAACAAGGUCAUUGUACGAGUGAAACGAAUGGGUGGAGGAUUUGGUGGAAAGGAGUCUCGAUCAGUAUUCCUCUCUGCUGCUCUGGCUGUAGCUGCUCGUAAACUUCGUAGGCCUGUAAGGUGUAUGUUGACUCGAGAAGAAGACAUGUCUCUCUCUGGUAUGCGACAUCCCUUCUUGGGCAAGUAUAAAGUAGGCUUUACAGAGACUGGUAAAUUGGUAUCUCUUGAAUUGGACAUGUACUCUAAUGGAGGUUACUCGUUGGACUUGUCGUUGGCCAUAUUGGAACGAGCUAUCACCCACUCAGAUUCUACAUAUAAGCUUCCGAACGUAAACAUUAAAGGAUUGGUAUGCAAAACCAACUUGCCAACAAAUACUGCCUUCCGAGGAUUUGGUGGUCCACAAGGGCUGAUGAUGGCCGAAACGUAUAUUACUCAUGUGGCACAUGCGCUCAACAAACCUCCUGAAGAAAUCAGGCAAAUCAACUUCUACCACAACUUGGAAUUGACUCACUUCCGACAACAACUCGAAGACUUCUUCAUUGAUCGAGUCUGGUAUGAGUUGAUUGCCACAUCCAACUUUUACCACCGAUAUGCUCUCGUCCAAUCCUUCAACGCAGCCAACAAGUACAAAAAACGUGGCAUAAUCCUGUUGCCAACCAAGUUUGGUAUAUCCUUUACAGCUCGACAUCUCAACCAAGCAGGUGCACUCGUACACAUCUAUAAUGACGGCUCUGUAUUGGCUACACAUGGUGGUACCGAGAUGGGUCAAGGUCUACACACCAAGAUGGUACAAAUUGUCUGCUCUGCCUUUGGUGUCGGCGUUGACAAGGUCCAUCUACGAGAAACCAGCACUGAAACCGUACCAAACACUUCGGCAACCGCAGCGUCUGUAUCUUCAGAUAUGAAUGGUGCAGCGUUGUUGGAUGCAUGUAAUCAGAUAAAUGCUCGUCUUAAACCACUUCAAGAAGCUAGUCCUGACUUGUCAUGGGAGGCUCUAAUUAAGAAGGCUUACUUUGAUCGUGUGGAUUUGUCGGCUCGUGGAUUCUUCAAGACUCCAGAUCUUACAUAUGACUUUGCCACAAACACUGGACGUAUGUUCUCCUACUUUACAUAUGGUGCUGCCUGUUGUGAAGUAGAAGUCGAUACUCUUACAGGUGAUCACGUAGUCCUACGAGCUGACGUCGUAAUGGAUAUUGGCCGAUCUAUGAAUCCAGCUAUAGAUAUAGGUCAAAUCGAAGGUGCUUUUGCUCAAGGACAGGGCUGGAGCACACUCGAAGAACCACUCGUAAACCCCUCUACAGGUGUAUUAUUGACUCGAGGUCCAGGAGCUUAUAAGAUCCCAUCUUUACGUGAUAUUCCAGCAGACUUCCGUAUCCGUAUAGUCAAAGGAUCUCGAAACGUCCGUGCAGUACACUCUUCCAAGGCUGUGGGUGAACCACCUCUAUUCUUGGGUUCUAGUGUCUACUUUGCUAUACGUGAAGCCAUCAAAGCUGCACGCAAGGAGAAUGGUCUUUCCGAUGACUGGUUCCAUCUUCCUGUUCCUGCAACUGCGGAACGUAUAUGUAAUGCUAUUGGUGGUGUAGACGAAUCUCGCAUCGACACCAAAGUAAAGUGGGGAGUUGUUGCCUAA